UAUCGUUAUCGUGUGCCCACGCUCAGUCAAAUACUGACGUGCCUGUCCCAACGGUCGUGUGCGCGGAUUUACUUCCCCAAACACAGCUUCCCGCGUUUUGUCGCUCUGGGAAAGAGUCCAUCUAGCUGGAAUAUACUUCAUUUUGUCCGCCAAUCGCCCACGAAAGCCGAUCGAAUGGCUUGAAUACACUGAUUGACGAUAUAGUAUGCCCCGCCCACGUAACAUCUGCAAGCUGAGUGGAGAAACCUGCUCAUCGUAGCAUCGGUUCAGGAUUGUAGCCCCUGAAAAAAAAACGCAAUCCUUCUACAUUUGCGAGAAGGAUUCGGUACCGAAAAACGUGUGCGCGUCCCAUGGCAGAACUGGCCAGCUAGGGAACCGGAAACGGAAACGGCCACGCAACCGGAACCGGAACUGGAACCGUAACUAGAACUGGAAGUGUACCCGAAACCGUUACCGUUACCGAUACCGAUUUCGUAAACGAUCGAAGGGAUUAGCACGGCAUGGACACCGCUGCCGCCGCCGCCGCUGCAGUCGUAGUUGACCUGAAACCCGAUCAGCAGCUUCUGGGCAGCUCCACAAAGCCCAGGAUUGGAGGAGGAACCACUGGAUGCGACUGUCUCGGCAGCACCGUGGAGACCAUGUCGCUGACUCCGCCACCCACGCCGCCUACACGCGCCACUGAUGGCCAUCUGGAAGCGUGUGGAGCUCCAGGCAUCCCAAGCGCUCCCGUAGAGAGUCACUCCCUGAACGGAGUUAAAAGCAAGGAGGCGCCCGAAACAGCAACAGCAUCGACUGAACCCACUCAGCCGGAUAUGCCCGCCACAUCAUCAACGUCUUCCCCCAAAGCUUCCACCACGCCAACGUCUGCCUUGCUGGGAUCGGGAACUGCCACGGGCUCGGUAGUCCCCGCAGCGGAGCAUCCACCCGCUGCAGCCUCAACUGUGCCCAGUAGCAGCAGUAGCGGCAGUGGCAGCAGCUCCAGCAGCACCAGCAGUUCCGGAUCCGACGAGAAUGUGGUCCAGCUGCUGCCCUGGCAGGACAUGCCCACGUAUCUGCAGUUCAAUCCCUACGUGCUUCGGGGUUACAGACCACUGCAGACCUUCAAGGGAUGCCUUCUCAGCCUGUUCUACUGGCACAACGAGACCAUCAACAUACUGACACACGGAUUCAUUGCGGACCCGGCUGGGCAGUUGAACUCUUUGGAGAACUCCUCGAAGUUCGAUAAGGAUCCAAUAACGCGGAACUUUCCUGGCAUGUGCUGGUCGGUUGAUACUUGCAGGGUCUUCACAUUGGGAUGUGCAUCGUUGCACCAGACCUGCGCAAAGCUGAUGAAGAACAGCUGGUUGGCGGAGUAUCGCAGGUUGGGCAGGGUCUCCUUGGCCAGGACCUGAUUGACACUCGAGCUAUUUGUCAUUUGGGACUCGAACCAUUUCCGGUACGCUGCGUAGGCCAGCCUUGUUCCCCCAUUGUCCGCAAUGUUCUCCGCCUGCGCGGUUGACUCCUUCAGCUGGAUGCCAUCGUACACAUACCGGCCGUACUGCUUCGUGAAGCAUUCCCUUCGUUUCAGGAAGUUGCUGCUGGACUUCUCAUCCCACCAAUCCGUCGAGUUUCCCUUAUCAUCAAACCUCCGUCCGCUGUCGUCGAAUCCGUGGAUUAACUCGUGUCCAAUUAGGGAGGCCAGGGUUCCAAAAAUAACUGCAUUCGGAUAGACUUCGGACCAAAUGUAGAAGGGCUGCAGCAGGGCAACCGGAAUCUUGAUGGUGUUCUCUAUCAGGAUGUUGGCCGGGGUGUAACUGAGUUGGGGGCCCGCCUCAAACGGCUGGCCUGGCUUGUGGAGCAACUCCCGGUUCUGUUUGGCAUAGAGUAUGCUUGUAUAUCGCACAUUCUCCACGAAAUCGUCACUUUGCAGAUUGAGGUCCUCAAACUCCUCGGUGAAGUUAACGUCGGAGUAGCUGUUGACCUCCAGUGUCAUUGCCUGUAGCUUCGCAAUAGCAAGAUUUCGGGUGGAUGGCUCAAUCCAAUCCAAAGCGGGACUGAAACGGAGGGUCUCGUCGAAGGUAGACUUUAGCUGACGCCAAAUGCUUUCGAUUUCUCUUGUGGAUUUCUCGUUGUUGUAGCGACGGUAGAACAUGUUGUCCAUACUCUUGGCGAAGUACUUCUUGGUAAGUUCCACACAGGCUUUCUUCUGCUUCUCCGGCUUCUCGGGGAAUGACUCCACAAAUUCCAUGACAAGGCGAAAGAAUAUAUAGUUGGCUACAGUGCGCUUGGGCGUACGCUUGAUAACUUCGACCAAAUUUUGCUGAUAACGCGAGUUGAAUUCGUAAAUCUGGUCGGAAAUGCGCUCUCCCAUGGCCACAAACAGAAAUCGCUCGAUGUCCAAGGUGGGAGAGUACCUCUUUUGCAUGUCCUCCACUGUGACUAACUGAGCCAAUUCAGUCAGUUCUAUUCCUUCGCUUUCGUCCACAAUUCCAUGGGCCAAGUCCACCUCAAAGUCAAGCAGUUCCUUUGCCGUUUUUUUGGCCAAUUCCAUCUUCACACCCAGAAAACGCUGCAAGGUGCGCUGGAUAUUAACACGAUAUUUCUGACGAUACACUGCCGUUGCUUCAUCGACGUACAUGGACCGUGACUCCAGCGGGAAAUCUUGCUGACUCAAGUAUAUUCGGUUUCGGGUGUUGCUGCCGUAGUCCUUACUUACUUCACUGGCUAAAAUGGGAGUAACGCCGUAUCGGUAGGACAUGCGAGCACUAGUCCCCAGCCAGUCGAAGUCGUCCUCCUGCCAGGAGGAUCCCUCGAGCAUCGGCAUCGUACCGAAUUCGGCAAUGAGCCGCUUUAGCUUUUCGCUGUAGGUCGAGUUAAGCUCAUUAAUCCGGAGGCAGGACUCGUAGAAGUGCUUCACCUGAAUGUCCUCCGGAGUGUCGUGUGCAUCGUGGGGUGUGCUGAGCAUCUUCAGUAUCUUUCGGUUGAGACCUUUGGUCAAAGUCUCGAAUGUUCCGGUAGUGACCACCUGCAUGCUCGAAGCCGAGUUGAUGCGAUUGUAGUUGCCACAGGAGAAAUCGUAGAAAUCGUUGCACGGAUCUGCCUUCUGGUCCAUAAAGCUCUCGAUCUCAGCAGUCUUCGCCUGACGCAGUAAUUCCGUAAUGUAGGGUCCGUCCUGUUUGAGAUCCUCAUCGCUGGUGGGGGCAGCUAUGACCUGCGCACUUAGAAAGUGGCCAGCUAUGCAAAUACAGAGCAACAGCAUCGCGUUGUAUUUCGCCUUAAUUUCCAUGAUCGACUGGCGUGCCUCAGUUGAUCUGAUAAGUUAAUCGCCAUCCCCAUUAAAGCCAAGCCGCUCCUCUGUUCUCUGGAAACAAAAGGCGACCCUGGGGUUAUCGGGUGCUCUCUGACACAGUGCUGAGCUCAAACUCUGAGGCUCUAUUGCUCACUGCUGAUUGCGAGUAGCUUGCCAAUUUGUAUCAGAUAAUUGUUUCGCGGAAGCAUUAUCGUACACCAUAGCUGUUAUGUUAGAGCUACACUGCCUACAAACUUUUUCUGUAGAUAAGGCAAAAAUCUUCCAUUUUUAUAUAAUCACAUUUGGAUCUGUGAUUCUGUCUCCUAUUGACUAACUCAUUAGAACGGCGGAAAAUAACCUCAGAAAUAAGUCAAUAAUUUUUAAAAAUUACGUUCAAUUAGGUGUUAACGUAUAUCUAAGACUUUUGCAUAUUGUUCUACUCACGUGAAUGAUUCAAUUGAUGUCAAGGUACAUAGUUGAUUACUCUGCCAUGACGUCCAGUUGAUGUGUACCUAUUAUAAAACUCAAACAAUAUAAGCCUCAGCGAGCACGUUUUCGAUUUGUGACGAAAGCAGAUUCUUCACAUUUUGCUUACAUGCUAGUUUUGCCAUAAAUAUGACAUUUCUGAUCAAGUAAAAAUGACAUUGUAUAUAGGCGCAUUUAAAUUUUAUUUGUACAACAUUAAUAUAUGAAUGAAAGUUAAGGUAGGGCAUAAGAUAACAUAACCAUUACUCAAGUGCACAUCCUUCACAAAGCAAAUAGUUAACAACAAAGAAAAUUGAAGUGGCGCAAUAUAGCUUCUACUUUUACAUUCCCUAGUAAAGGAUGCAUUUCUCGCAGGGAUUCAUGGCAGAUUCCGCUGGACAGUUGAACUCUUUCGAGAACUCCUUGAGGUUGGAUAAUGUUCCAAUAACACGGAACUUUCCUGGUGUGUGAUUGUCGGUUAAUACCUGCAUGGUCUUCACUUCGGGAUGUACAUCGUUGCACCAGAACUGCGCAAAGCUGAUGAAGAACAGCUGGUUGGCGGAGUAUCGCAGGUUGGGCAGGGUCUCCUUGGCCAGGACCUGAUUGACACUCGAGCUAUUUGUCAUUUGGGACUCGAACCAUUUCCGGUAGGCUGCGUAGGCCAGUCGUAUUCCACCAUUGUCCGCAAUGUUCUCCUUCUGGGCGGUUGACUCCUUCAGCUGGAUUCCAUCGUACACAUACCGGCCGUACUGCUUGGUGAAGCAUUCCCUUCGUUUCAGGAAGUUGCUGCUGGACUUCUCAUCCCACCAAUCCGUCUGGAUUCCCUUGUCAUCAAACUUCCGUCCGCCGUCGUCGAAUCCGUGUAUUAACUCGUGUCCAAUUAGGAAGGCCAGGGUUCCAAAAAUAACUGCAUUCGGAUAGACUUCGGACCAAAUGUAGAAGGGCUGUAGCAGGGCAACCGGAAUCGUGAUGGUGUUCUCUAUCGGGUUGUUGACCGGGCUGAAGCUUAAUGUGGCAUAUUCAAAUGAUUUCGGCGGCUGGUGAAGCAGUUGCCGCAUUUGCUUUGCACGCAGCUCCAGAAACUGACGCAGAUUCUCCACAUUGUCUGCGGUUUGAAAAUUGAGGCCCGCAAAGUCCUCGGUAAAAUUUUCCUUAGAGUAGUUGUUGAGCUUCAGUCUCAUAGCCUCCAACUUAGCGAUGGCAAGAUUUCGAGUGGAUGGCUCGAUCCAGUUUAGCUCCGGACUGGAUAGCAAGGCCUCCCUAAAGGUGGACUUCAAUUUAUGCCACAUGUUGUCAAUUUCUCUAAAGGAUUUGUCGUUUUUGUAUCGUCGGUAUAUCAUAUUGUCCAGGUUCUUGGCGAAGAACUUCUUGGUGUAGGGCAAACAGAGCUCUGACAGCAUUUUCGGAGACUUCUCUACAUGCAGCAGAAACUUCCAUAUCAAACGGAAGAAUAUAUAGUUGGCAACAGUGCGCUUUGGCGUACGCUUAAUCACUUCGACCACAUUUUGCUGAUAAGGCCUAUACAUUUCGUAGAUCUGCUCGGAAAUCUCCUCUCCCAUGCUCACGAAUAUCAAUUGCUCUGUGUCAAAGGUGGGGGCAUAUCUCUCGCGCAAUUCAGCGACAGUCAGAAGUUCGAGCUGGUCUUUUAUGUCGUGGUGUUCUUUAUUGUCCUCAAGUCCAUUGGCCAAGUCCACCUCAAAGUCGAGCAUUUCCUUAGCCGUUUUCAUUGCCAAUUCCAUCUCAACACCUAAGUAUUGCUCCAAAAUUUGCUGGAUUGUAGCCUGAUAUUUUUGGCGGUAGAAGGCCGUUUCGUUGUUCACAUACAUGGAACGUGUUUUUAGUUGAAAGCUCUGCGCACUUACGUAGAUAAUGUUUCUUUGGUUAUUGAGAAAGUCCGUGGACACUUCUACUGCAAUAAUGGGUCUAAUUCCGUAUCGGUGGCCCAUACGAGCAGAAGUAUUCACCCAGUUGAAGUCGUCCUCCUGCCAGGAGGAUCCCUCGAGCACCGGCAUCGUUCCAAAUUCAGCAAUGAGCCGCCUUAGCUUUUGGUUGUAGUUGAGCUCAUUAAUCCGGAGGCAGGACUCGUAGAAGUGCUUCACCUGAAUGUCCUCCGGAGUGUCGUGUGCAUCGUGGGGUGUGCUGAGCAUCUUCAGUAUCUUUCGGUUGAAACCUUUGGUCAAAUUCUCGAAUAAUCCGGUGCUGGCCACGUGCAUGCGCAAAGCCGAGUUGAUGCGUUUGUAGUUGCCACAGGAGAAUGUGUAGAAAUCCUUGCACGGAUCCGUCUUCUGGUCCAAAAAGCUCUCGAUCUCAGCAGCUUUGGCUUGACGCAGUAGCUCCUUGGUGUAGGGCGUGUCCUGGUAGAGAGCAUCCUCGUCUGUGGGCGCCGCUAGGACCAACGCACUUAAAACGUGGCCAGCAAUCAAAAUGUAGAGCAAUUUCAUCGUCUUGUGCUUCUUUUGAAAUGAACUAUUUGAAUAAACUAUGUGGUUAAUCGUUUGCCGAAAAAAGAAA